AUGCAAGAACCCUUUGACGCGAAUGCUAAUGGUGGCGUCCAUGAGCCCUCGACAACAACACUGCAAAUGGAUUCUCGAAGCAGUGCAACAACCGGCAGCGUGGAAGUAUCCACCCAUGAUAUAUCUUUGCAUGCUGUGCGAAAGGACAGCAAUCGCAUAGGUGAUGGUGUAUCGGGUGUGCAUAACUGUCGUGCGUCAUUUAUGGAUAUGUUUCGGGCAACUGUUCAACGUUUAUUCCGGCAAACUGUCCGGCGAAAGUCUGAGGUAGUUUUGGAAGUGGUAGUGCCACUUCUUUUCAUGACUGUUACUGUCAUUCUGUGGUCUAUAUGGGGUACCAAUCAUAUUGAGGAAUCACCACGUAUCGAUUACGGGGCACUACCGAGGACCAUGAACCCAACAAUUUACCAGCACUUUACGUGCAGCGCUAAACUAGGUGGCGUACCAGGACUUAGAGUGUGUCGCAACAAGAAGGAAGUGGAGUGUAUAAAAGACGAGAUCACGGCUCCAUUCAGAGGCGUUUGCGUGCACAAGAGAGUGGGUGCUACCACUUUGGUAGCCUUUUUUGCCAAUGGGUUUGUCGGUCGUAUUGCGCCCAUUCCUCCACUUGACACGCUUAUUAUGCACCAAUGGCUUGCACGUCACGCAAAUACCCGAGUGCUAAUACCUCGAGGCCUUAUUCCGAACAACCGCUUGUCGGCCAUUCAAAGUUCCGGUCUGCUGUACUUUGUAGGAAAUGCCUCCGUGGUGAGGGGGAUAGUACAACAUUUGGGAAGAGUCUCUCACUAUUUUACCAACGUUUACGGUGGGACCUUUGAAACUUUGCCAGAGGCUCAGGAAGAAGUGAGAAGGCAAACCUUAAAUUGGGGGAUUGUUCACGUCCGGUGUUUUGAGCCUGGCAGUUUAGACGUUCAAAUUUACUUGAACGGCACAGCCCUGCCAACGCUUCGUGAAACCGUCGCUAAUGCGUAUCCGGGUGGGUUUCAACACAACAGAGCUGAAAUGUACGCCCUCUCGGGAUACCUUACUUUGCAAAAGGAAAUAUCGGAACAUCAUAUGGGACUUUUCAAUCCGGGUAUGGGCUUGAACAUCACGCCUUACAUGAUGCCGCAAGGCUUUGUGGAAUUUACGGAAACCCCACUUCUCCAGACCGCUCGCGGAAUUUUGCCGGUACUCUUCGGUCUCGCGUUUCUUUUCACUGUAACGUCUCGUGUGCACGUAAAUGUGAUGGAGAAAGAGUCCAAGAUACGGGAAACCAUUUUGAUUAUGGGUAUGAGGAAGUCUGUGCUUAAUGUGGUGUGGUUUCUGAAACCUCUGCUCAUUGAUCUUGUGGUGUGCUCCCUUAUUACUGUAUUGCUCAAGCUCACAUAUAUGCCACGGAGUGGCUCGGUGUCCCUGUUUGUUGUACUUUUUGUCUUCGCGUUGACAACUAUUCCCCUGUCAGGUGUCAUUUCGUGCUUCUUCAGCAAAACACGGCUCGCCUUGCUCGUAUCCCCCAUCAUAUACUUUCUGAUGACCCUGCCAUACGCUGUUGAGCGGCCAACAAAUGGAUUGCUGUGCAUGAUCUCAGCCUUGCUAUCACCAACCGCAUUUAUUUCUAUCGUGCACGGUGCCUUGGCCAUGGAGGUGUCGGGCGGCUUUCACCUUACGCAACUUCGAAUCGGCGGGGACCCAGUGUGUGCCGAAAUGUUGUUGAUUAUGUUGGUUGCCGACCUUGUACUUUACACACUUCUCAUGCUAUAUUUGGACACAGUGCUGCAAAACGAUUGGGGCACAACGAAACAUCCACUUUUCUUCAUAACGAACCCCAUCAGGGCACUUUUUUGGGAACGUCGGAAGGUCGGGACAUCCGCUUGCCCUUUCACUGAUGGGCGUGCAGAUAACGGUGUGUUUGAGGAUAUUGGGGACACUAAAGAGGAAGCCACUGUAGUGAUGGCAGGUCUUAGGAAAGAGUACCAACGCGGUGGAGACACUUUUGUCGCCGUCAACAACUUCUGUUGGUCGAUGGGCAGAGGAGAAAUAUCCGUGCUGUUGGGUCUCAACGGUGCAGGUAAAUCCACGGUGAUAAAUAUGAUAACAGGAAUGGUGAAGCCUGACGCUGGCGACUGUUACGUGAAUGGUCGAUCUGUGCGAAGGGAGCUAUCGGCGGCGCGUCAACAGAUGGGUUUUUGUCCUCAACACAACAUUCUAUGGCCGCAGUUAACUUGUCGUGAGCACUUGGAGUUCUUUGGCAAGAUCAAAGGUUUGAAGGGGAAGGCUUUGGACCUUGCAGUAGGGCAUGUGCUGCACGAAACAGGACUAUCUGAAAAAAGUGACGACCUCGCGGGACAUCUCUCUGGUGGACAAAAACGGAUGCUUUCGGUAGGCAUUGCAUUCGUGGGCGGCAGUCCACUUGUAUUACUGGACGAGCCGACUGCGGGCAUGGAUGCCUCUUCCCGACGUCAUGCAUGGGGUUUAUUGCAACGGAUGGCAGCCCACCACACAAUUCUUCUCACGACUCACUUCAUGGAUGAGGCAGACAUACUUGGCCACCGUAUCGCGAUCUUGAAUGAUGGUCGGCUGCAGUGUUCCGGUAGCAGCAUGUUCCUAAAGUCUAAAUUGGGUUUGGGAUAUAGUCUUACCGUUGUUAUGCGAUCGAAAGACAACUUCUGCUUUGUUGAUGACGCUGUGAAAAAGCACGUGCCCGGAGCAGAGUUGUUGAGUUACUGUGGGUGUGAAGUGAUUUAUCGUUUACCAUUGGGCGGCGUUGCUGCAUUCCCGUCGCUGAUCGAGAAGCUGGAAAUAGCAUCCGAUGUAAACCUUAAUUCUUAUUCUCUUGCUGCUACAACCCUGGAGGAGGUCUUCUUGCGUGUUUGUGGUGGGCAGCAAUGUUCUGCUGAGAAGCCGCGUGACUGCUCCUCCCUGUGGGGACGAGCGAGACGUCGUGCUGCAGGGAUAACUCAGUUAAAGGCCAUCAUGUUGAAACGUAUUUUCACAGCCUUGCGUGACCGGCGGAUGCACAUGUUGCAGGUUGUGUGCCUUACCAGUGUGCUGCUGGCAACGGUGUUGAUAGGCUCUAAUCCCGCACAGGUAGGGCCGCUUCCGUUGACUUUUGACCUCUACGAUGAAAAAGUUAUUGUCGAUUCGGCCAACUGUGGUUUGUUUUGGGGAAAGAGCCCCGGUGUACCGAAUGUUCACAUCAGUGAAAUAUCUGCUAAAGACACUAGGGAACUCAGUAUUUACGGCAUGAAAACUUGGUUCGCCCAUGAGUAUCCAAGGUACGCUGCUAUCUUCUGUGGGGAUAGGAUGCUUUAUAAUCCCAAGCUGCGAGGAAUGCCUGUAGUGAUGCUGUACAACUCUUCCGCCCUUCACCAAGUGGCUAUUACCAUGUCAAUGUUUUAUCAACUUGUUUUGCAGCGUGUGUCAGGAGUGCAGGCCAAUGUAUCGUGGUCGGUUGGAGUACUCGAGGACGAGGCCACGUACGUCGGCGCGCUGCAACUCAUGUUGAUAGGUGCGAUUAUGAUGAUCCCGUUAACUCUUAUUUCUUCUAACCCGCUAGCGUGGGUUGUGAAGGAACGGGAAUGCGGAUCGCUUCACAUGCAGAGGAUUGCCGGACUGAGGUUUCCCAUCUACUGGGCAAGCAACUUUCUUUUUGAUAUCACUAUGUAUUUUAUUUCAGUAUCUGCUAUAGUUUCGGUAUUGAUGUUGUUUGACCAAGAGGAUUACGUUGGUAGCGAGACAAUUGGAGCGUUUAUUACUGCACUUAUGCUUUAUGGGCUGACGAGCAUCGUCUUCGCCUACUUGCUCAGUUUUCUAUUCCGUGAACACUCGAAGGCGCAGCUGGUUGUGAUGGGAUUCAAUUUUGUCGUUGGUUUCCUCUCGGUCAUAGUGGUGUACGUAUUUUCAUUGCUCGAAAUAACAAGGGAGACGUCCGAAAGCCUCCGUUGGCCGUUUCGGCUUAUUCCUUCCUUUUGUGUUGGGGAAGCUAUCAUCAAUAUUUCCCAUUUCAGGUUCGGAAAAGCCGUAGGGAACGCGACGUCCGCAUUCGACAUGGAUGUUACCGGUUACCCUUUCAUCUAUCUCGCCGUGGAAUUCCCCAUUUUUUCACUUCUGGGGUUCCUCUUCGACCAUCCACGGCGACGUGCGUGGUGGAAUCGGCGGUCAUACGACCGGACGAAGGUAUUCGAUGAGGCUCAUAGCGGUGAUUCAGAUGUGGAAGAGGAACGGUGUCGUGUUUGCCUUCCCAUGGUUGACGGACCGGGUUAUCCCCCUGCGCGCGUUGUGAAUCUUAGCAAAAAAUACCCCAAUGGCAAGGAGGCUGUACGUGACCUCUUCUUCUUGGUUUCUUCAGGCGAGAUAUUCGCAUUACUUGGCACAAACGGCGCAGGAAAGACUACAACGAUGUCGAUCCUGUGCCAAGAGCUCAUGCCUACGGGUGGGGUGGUGGAAACUUGCGGAUGUGACAUCGUGAAGCAAGGAGGGAAGGCUCUACGGUGCAUCGGGUACUGCCCACAGUUUGACACCUGCAUCAGCCUCCUGUCGGUGGAAGAGCACAUACGACUGCAAGCCGGAUUGUACGGUAUGGUUGGCGAAGAAGUGGAAAAUGUUGUGACAGAUUUGCUUUAUAUGUGCGACCUAACGAAGUAUCGCAAAUCGCUAGCGGGAGAGUUAAGCGGUGGUAAUCGGCGCAAACUCAGCCUAGCUGUCGCUCUCGUUGGUGGGCCCGGUGUUAUUUUCCUUGAUGAACCAACAGCCGGGAUGGACCCUAUUGCCCGCCGCAAGAUAUGGUCCGUUAUUGAACGUGCUGCGUGCCAAUGCGCGGUGGUUCUAACAACUCACCACCUCGAGGAGGUUGAGGCCCUCGCCCACCGUGUGGCCAUUAUGAAGGACGGAACGAUGCGUUGCGUUGGCAGGAAUGCUCAUCUGAAAGACAAAUAUGGCGCCGGCUAUGAAAUGCACAUUUGUGUAGCGGAGGGUGAGUUACCCGCGUUGGUACGAGAGUUCGUGGACAGGCAAUUCGCAGGUGCUACUUUAAGGGAAUGUAAGGGCAGACAACUUGUGUACGCACUUCCCCGCUCUACGUCGCUUGCAGAUGCAUUUCGAACGCUAGAGUCAAGCAAAGACUUACUUGGUAUCGUUGACUACAGUGUUUCGCAAGCAACAAUUGAACGUGUGUUCCUUCAGAUCACCGAGCAGGAUGAAUGGGUUUCCAAACAGACCACUGAAAUGGAUAUCGUCUAG